CGAGAUAACGUCCGUCACAGUCUCUGCUCGACCGGCACGGGAGUAAGGCAGCAUUUAAUUCGCAUUUAGUUCGCUGAUUGGUGUUUGUUGCCGCGCUCGAUUCACACGUGUUUGGUAAACAUUAAACUGGUUGAAAUGUGGUUUCCUAACGGGUGUCGAAAACUGUUGCUGCUGGCAGCUGGAAUGCUAUUCGUACUGGCAGUGCUGUCGGUUCUAAUUGUUUUUGUUUUCGUUCGUCGUGAUCACGAGUGGAAUCCCGAGCAGGCCGGGGCAGUCGCUUCCAACGGGUACAAAUGUGCUUCCAUAGGAGCAGAGAUCCUUCGGGAAAAUGGUUCCGCUGUAGAUGCGGCCAUAGCCGUCAUUAUCUGCGAAGAAGUUGCAUGUCCGGAAAGUGCCGGAAUCGGAGGUGGGUUCCUAGCAACCAUUUACCAGCGUGACUCGCAAUCGGUGACGGUUUUGGAUGCUCGGGAAAUUGCGGCCCAAGCCGUUUGGCAGGAUAUGUUUGUGGACAAUGGAAACGCUACGGCCCACGGAGGUUUGGCGAUUGCGACGCCUGGAGCGUUGAAGGGGUACUGGGUACUGCAUCAACGGUACGGAGUGCUUCCUUGGCGGCGGCUUCUGGAGCCCUCAAUUGACCUGUGCUACUGGGGACAUAUCGUGAAUCCGUACAUGGCUGAUGCAUUGCAGGAAACAAGGGAAGCCAUACUGAAGUCGUCUUCAUUGCGAAAAAUUUUCAUUGAUCCCGAUACCGGCGAUGUAUGGAAGGUGGGCGAUCGCAUCCGAAGGCCUGACUUUGCGAACACGUUGAAAAUCAUCGCCGAGGAAGGUGCCGAUGCUUUGUAUUCACCGAAGGGAACACUUCUUCCGAUGUUGAUGCAGGAUCUGGAAUCGUUCGGGAGUCUGAUAACGAAGGAAGACUUUUACAGUUAUGAACCCCGAUGGAGAGAUCCUGUGUCGACGGAGCUCUUCGGAAAAUCCGUAUACAGUGCCGCACUGCCGGGAGGUGGUACGAUCUUGGUCCAUAUGCUGAAUGUUCUCGGCGGUUACGAAGACUUGGGUUUAGACGAUCCUUCGACGUGGCAUAGGAUAAUAGAAACGUUCAAACAUGCGUACGGGAUCCGGACAAGGUUAGGUGAUCCACCUUUCGUCGCCGGAAUCGAAGAACUCAUCCGAAAUCUUACUAGCAAAGAUUAUGCCGAUUACAUCCGAGCCAAAAUCGAUGAUCAUCGCACUUUCACGGAUUACAAAUUCUACGGCGCAGAUUUCACCACACCCGACGAUCACGGGACGGCUCAUGUUUCGGUACUGGCCCCGAAUGGGGAUGCCGUCUCCGUAACCAGUACCAUCAAUGAUUACUUCGGAGCCCAGCUGAUGUCUACCCAAACGGGAAUCAUUCUGAACGGCGAAAUGGAUGACUUUUCUACACCGGGUGUUAUCAACAUAUUCGGAGUUCCGGCGUCACCGGCCAACUACAUCGCUCCGGGUAAGCGUCCGCUUUCGUCGAUGUCGCCAACGAUUGUCGUCGAUUCACACGGUGAUGUUCGUCUAAUAGCCGGUGGUGCCGGAGGUACCAGAAUUACGACGGCCACCGUUCAGUUGGUUCUGCGGCAAAUAGUUUUCGGACAAGACCUACACCAGCUGAUGGACGCACCGCGGGUACAUCACCAACUAGCUCCGAUGCAGGUGGAACUCGAAGCAGCCCUUCCGGGUGCAGUUAUCGAUGGUCUCGCGACCCGAGGACAUUCGCUAACGGUGGUACGCAGGGUUGCCACCACGACGGCUGUAGCGCGGAAUGAAGAUGGACGAGUGGCUGCUGCGUUCGAUCCGAGGAGACCCGGUAGUGCAGAGAUUGUGGAAAAUUAGAAAUAAGCUUCAAAGGAUCACAAUCGGACGAUGUUUCUAUGAAACGAGAACAAAGUUCAAAUAGUAAAUUUUCUCCUGAAUCAAAUAUAAGCUUUGGUUAGUAGUAAACCUAAACCUCUUGUAAAGGGUGAUUUUUUAAGAGCUUGAGAACUUUUUUAAACAAUAAAACGCAUAAAAUUUGCAAAA